AAAAAGUGUGAGUCAUAAAGAGAGGAAUAAACAGACAGGACGACCUCUGGUAGAACCAAAUGAGCUUUACUCUUGACGACAUGGAGGUGUCAAACACAAAGAGAAUUGUCAUCUUGGGGAAAACUGGAGCUGGGAAAAGCAGCCUGGCCAACACUAUAUUUGGAGAGGAGCUGUUCACGAUCAACCAUUCUCUCAACUCUGAAACGAGAGAAUGUCAAGCACAAACUAAAUGUGUCAAUGGAAGAAACAUCACUUUGAUCGACACUCCAGGUUUCUUUGACACAGACAGACCAGAGGAGGAGCUGAAAGCUGAGAUAGUGAAGUGUAUCAUAGAGUGCGCUCCCGGGCCUCAUGCUUUUCUCAUCGUAUUUAAACUGGAGAAAUUCACACAGCAGGAGAAGGACGUCAUCGAGAAAAUACGCCAAUACUUCUCUGAAGAAGCUUUUGAGUAUGCAACAGUCGUCUUCACUCACGGUGACCAGCUCCACCAAGGACAGACAAUCAAAGAGUCUGUUGACCAGAAUAAAUUUAUGAGGGAUCUUGUGAAGAAGUGCGGUGGCCGAUGCCACGUCAUUGAUAAUAAAUAUUGGAAUGAAAGCCCAAAGGAUGAAUACAGGAACAACCAGUUCCAGGUGGAGGAGCUACUUAAAACAAUAGAUAAGCCAGUGCUGCCAAACAAAAGAAGUUGCUACACCAAUGAAAUGCUCCAAAGAGUGCAGGAAGAAAUAACUGUAGAGGAGAGGUGCAUUAGAACGUCAUCAGGGAACAUGUCAGAGGAAGAGAUCACACAGCAGGCUAGAGUCAAUGUAUUUGAGAAACUUUUGAUUAAAGCUGCAGGUAUUGCAACAGGUGCAUUGUUAGGAGCUUUGUGUGGUGUAGGAGUUAUAGUUAGAGUGGUUUAUUUAAUUCUAAAGGUAUCUUCAGACUUUCAACUUGCACGAGAUGCACUGAAAACAGUUGGAGUGGCAGCAGCACGAGCAGCAGGAAUACGAGUAGGAACAUCAACAGGAGCAGAAAAUACAACAACAGGAACAUCAACAGGAGGAGAAAAUACAACAACAGGAACAUCAACAGGAGGAGAAGAAAAUACAACAACAGGUGGAACAGUUGGAGCAGCGGGGAUAACUGUAACAUUAUUAGGCAAAGUUACAGUGGUUGCUGCUGCAGGAGGAGCGGUGAUAGGUGGCUGUAAAGGAUACAAUGCAGCUGAGGGAGCAGACACAGCAUGGGAAGCAGCAAAGAGGGCAGCAGGGGCUGUCAAAGAAGAAACCAUAUCUGUCUUUGAUAACAUCAAUGGUGCUGUGAACAGACUGUCACGGUAAAACAGAAUCACAAACUAUGAUGAACUAUCUCACAGUAGACUGCAUGCAAAGAUCUGUGUAUUGUAUUUGUACUGAAUAUAUAAAAAUACAAUAAUAGGCUUUUCUACUACAAUCAUCUUCAUUACCAUAAUAUUGUUUCCCUAUUCUCUAUUAGAAAAACAUCAUUCAGUAUGUCAAAAGAAGAGAUAAAAAAAAACAGAUAAAAGAAAUAACAUAAGCAGGAGCCUUUUGAGGACAAGCAGCAGGUACAGGAGCAGGAAAAUGAUUAGGUGGCCUUAUAGUGGGAGUUGGUGCAUCAGGAGCAGCGUAUGGAGGCUAUAGAGGAUACAGCUGAAGGAGCGUGGGGAACCAGGGGAAGCAGAUGAUGCCAUGUUUGUCACUGAUGAAGUAUAUUAUGCUGCAGGUGGACUGUUCCAUCCACAGUUAAAACAAAAUCACAAGCUACAGUGAACUGAGAGUCUUGAGGAAUGAGGAGCGAAUUUAUCAUGAAAACAUUAUCUCACAGUAAACUGGAAAACUUGCUGUAAAUAUCUGAAGUCAUUGGAGUGAUCAUGUUUAUUCAUAAAUAUGUAUGUGUAAAAAAACAAGAAUUAAAAUAUAGUAUAUAUACUACAAGAAGUCAUUGUUUUAUAUAUAUAGGUCAUGUGCCAUGUUCGAACUGUAUAAGACAUAUAUAAUAAUCAUCCUAUAGCACUAACAUGACCUCUGGUACGUUUGCUUAUUGAAUUAACUAUUGUACAGAACAUGGAAGCUAAUAAAAAAAGCUCA